AUGAGACUUCCACGCCACCUACACGGGAAGCCUCAAACCACUGAUCCGCCAUUCGACCUGUCCGUUUUUGAUUCUUCUGGAAAACGGGUGGAAAGUUAUGAAGUUGGGAAGAUAUAUACAGUCAAGCUAGAAGCGUAUGUACACUUCCGAGGGCUUAUGUUGCAACCAAGGCUCUGCACACCGUCAGGAGCAAUUAUUGGAUCAUUGAGAGGCGGGAAGUUUAUAGAGGAUGACCAAUUUGAGACACAUGGUCUGAUAUUCCACCAAUGCGGGAGACUAGUCACCAACGACUCCCUGACCCACACCACAGUUGAUAAAAAGUUUUUGGCGGAGGCCAAGUGGCUGGCGACACAUGACGUUGGCAAUGUUCAAUUUGUCGCCACAAUCGCCACCGAAAAUGUGCUCUACUGGGAACGAUGGCGUCCACGUCACGCGUUCCUCAAGGGACCAUAUCAGAAGUAUUCCGUGCAAAACACCAAUAUUUUUGUCUAUAAUUUGGAAAAGGACAUCGAGCAGAAGACCUCAGAAAAAGUUGUGACGUCGGAGCCAAUUCUACCGUCUCAACACCCACUUUUCGAGGAGCAAAAGGAGUUUUUGAAGAGGAAAAUGUCGGUGACACCGUCGCCAAGGAUUCUGGAGACCUCUGAGAAUUCUGAUGACGUUUUUGACUCAGCAACGUCGUCUGCGUCAAAAACUGAAAAAAUCCAGGUCACCGCGGCGAGUAUGAUGAUGGGAGAGAAGUUACAAGUCACUAGGACUCCAGAAAUUUCGCAAUCCUCCAAAUUCCUGACAUCGGAAUCCACGUUUAUGAUGGGUAGAAUGUUCAAAAAGUUCGCGCCACUCAACGAUACAGUACUCCAGGAGGAUGAUCUCAAAUUUUUGAACGCCCAUGCACAUCUCAGAAGGCUUCAGCACGAUUUUGUGGAUAAUAAUGACUUGGAGAUGGAAGAAAAAUGUCAAGACAAUCCAUGUGGAAACGAUGGGCGGUGCAGUCUUCAAAAAGGGAAACCAGUCUGCCAGUGUAGCAAGGGGUACACCGGCACCAACUGCACAGAAAUCGAUAAAUGUGUGGAAAAUGAUUGUGAGAACAAUUCGACGUGUUAUAACGAUAAGUUGUCACCAGUCGGCUACUCGUGUAAAUGUCAGAACGGGACGGUUGGGAAGCUUUGUGAAAUCGAAUGCCCCCUUGAUCAAUGUCAAAACGAAGGGAAAUGCUAUCUGAACACUUUUGGAAAAAUCGGGUGCAAGUGUCUACCAGGGACCACUGGCAGGAAAUGUGAACGUGAAAUCAAUGAAUGCGGCUGGAACAAGUGUCAAAACGGGGCGAAAUGCGUAGAUUUGUUCAAUGACUACCGUUGUGACUGUGCCGACGGGUGGAUGGGACGGAAUUGUGAACGACCCUGCCAAGACAUCUAUGGAUCCUGUAGGGUAUGGAAACGGGAGGGUCAAUGUGAGCAGAUGAGAAAUGCCACGGAUUUUUUUGAUCUGAAUUGUGCGGCCUCGUGUGGCGUAUGUGUGAAAGUGGACAAUGAGACAGAGAUACCGUAUCUCCCACUUCAACCUAUUCUUAUGCCAUUCGCAUUUUUGUUGGGAGAAUGGAAGUCGCAGAUAAAGGGAUGGAACAACCAUACGACGGACUACCCGGUAGAUAUGGAUGGGAUGGUUUACAAUGAAACGAUCACGUUCUCGGUGGCACCCUCGUUAAGCUUUGGCACGCCUUAUAUUAAUUAUACAGCCACCAUGACAAGCCAAGACGACCCUUCCAACACCCAUCAAUACAACGGUUUCCUCACUAUCCAACAGUACAAGGAAAACGACGAGUCCACGGAUAAAGGCGCCCUUACAACAGUUAGCAACACCGGGUUGAUUAUGAUCGAGGAAGGGGAGAUUCUAGAUGAGAAGACGUCUACAGAGGGUGCCCCGACGCUCAUGCUGACACCGACCUACCAAUUUUUCAAAUCGUCUCCGGGCACCCAGAAGAGUCCGGAGAGGUCGAAGAGAUGGUUCACGCUGAAAAACAAACGACUUAUGCAGUAUAUGGUUCGGGAGUUUAAGGGAAGAACUCAUAAGUUCACAAAGAUUUAUAAGCGGACGCAGGAGUUUAAGUAUUUGUAG